CAGAAGUGGAUCUGGCACCGACUCCUCGCCGUGAAGACGCCGGCGGGGCGUGAGUGGGCGCGGAUGUCAGAUCUUGUGGGUGAUGUCAAGCCACUCACCUCAUCCACACCUCUUGACAUCUUCCCAUCCUUUGUCAGCAGUAAAAGAAAACAGUUGCUUCUGGACCGGGGUUCAGCUUCCUCGCUCACCCCGUGGAAAAGCCAAGAUGCAGCAUGGACUUUGGCGAGACCCUCAGGAGUCCAGGCUUUCAGGCACAUGAACUUCAAGGAGGCAUCGACGCCUGUUAGGCAGAAAAGCAACUGGAGGCAGCCCCUACCUCUGUGGACCUGCCCCUCUGCCACUACAAAAAUCUCCCCUUCCAGGCUGGUUGGUUCGCAUCAAGGACUAUUUAGAAGCAACAGCCUGAAGGGGUCAUGAGUGAAACCCAGGAUCUGCUUGGCAGUGACUUAAGGAAGGACUGAUUGCACAGGUUCCCGCUGUGCAGGGAGUGAUGCUUAUUCUGCUCCAUGCCAUGGUCACCUCACUGCUCUGUGUCAUCCGUGCCGCCCCACUUCCUGAUGCCAGUGCCCUUUCUAACACCACUGAUGGCCUCUGGGCUAAUGACUCCAUGAAGGACUGGGACCUUUUCUCUCCGCGGGUCGCCCUUUCAGACCAUGAACCUGCGGGGCCCCCAUUGCUUUUUCUUAUGGAAGAGUCCAUCAUCCAACCAGGGCAGGUUGCUAACCAGACACUCAAGUCCAAAAGGUCACUGGAUAGCUCCAUACGCCGGGGAGAGAUGUCUGUGUGUGACAGCGUCAAUGUCUGGGUGACAGACAAGCGGACCGCUGUGGACAUCCGUGGCAGAACGGUGACAGUGCUUUCUGAGGUCCAGACGCUGACAGGCCCGCUGAAACAAUAUUUCUUUGAGACCAAGUGUAAUCCAGCGGGUGGCACGGUCAAUGGCUGCAGAGGUGUGGACCGGCGCCACUGGAUCUCGGAGUGCAAGGCGAAACAGUCAUACGUGAGAGCCCUCACAAUGGAUUCUGACAAGAUAGUGGCCUGGCGCUGGAUUAGGAUAGACACCUCAUGUGUCUGCACCCUCCUCUCUCGCACUGGCCGGACGUAAGGAGGAACAGGGGCCUAGUCCCUGAUUGUCACUUCAGCUAAUCAACACAUGGCCACCUCUGGUCCACAUUGGGCUCAGCCAUGGAUUGGUGUGAUUCCCUAGGCAUAAUGUGGCCUCUCAUUGGCCAAGGGUGUGUGCGCGCGCGCAGUGUUCCCAUUGGACAGGAGGAAGGGUGUGUGUGGAUCCUGCUGAUUGACAGGUAAUCUGCCUAGCGCAGCUGGUUCUGCUUGUGUUCCAGCCAAGUGUCGACAAAACACAUUGCCAUGACUACAAUAUGUGGCCAUUUGCUACUGGGAGAGAUAACGUUCUUGUGCCUUAUUCUCACCGGAAGAAAGAAAUGGAUGUUAACCACUGCUUGGGUUAAGUCAAGCAUAUGAGGACUGGCAGGCAACAAACUCCAUGCUUGACGGGAUGGCCGCAAAGGCCUCAGUGGAUCAGAAAAGGGCAGGAGUGAUUCUCAUAACUGGGGCUCAGGUGAUGUGGGAGUCCUCCAUUAGAACCGUCUUACAAAUCCUCUGUUCUGCAGCACUGAAAUACAGCGUGGACCUCAGUGGGCCCUUCCCUGUGUGUUGACUGCUAGAUCAGGGUUUUUCCAAAGUGUGUACCCUAAGG